GGCGUGAAGCCACAACUAAUGCCAUCCCGUUCAAUAUGACUACUUGUUAAACGAUAAGACAUGUGAAAGUCAGGAUUAAAAGUAUGUUAUUUCAAGUUAUGCAUGGUAUAUCGUUUAGAGUAACUGUUUAGACUGAUCAUUUAUACUAGAAGGAAUCAUGAUGUAUUCGUAUACAGUAUUCAGAAUCGGAAGAACGACAAAUUGUGUGCAGCACAUGUUAAAACGUGUGCAUGUCAGAUUACCACAACAGAUUUUAGCUUUACACACACAACGACCUGUUUUUCAAACAAACCGAUGUCCUGCGGCCAAAUGGACUUUUUAUCCCUCUUGCUCGCUUUACACAGGAGUUCAUUUCUGUAGUAAGAACAAUGGGCAGAAGGACACUGACCAGGUGUCAGUUUCCAGAAGUUCACGUUCACCUCCAAGCCCGUCUGCAACACAGAAAGUCAAACAAGCUGGAAAAGAUUUCACCUAUUUGAUUGUGGUGCUCAUUGGACUCGGUGUAACAGGUGGACUGCUGUAUGUGGUCUUUCAAGAGCUGUUUUCCUCUUCAAGCCCAAGCAAAAUUUAUGGAAAAGCAUUUGAGAGGUGCAGAUCUCACCCAGAGGUAAUUGGAGUUUUCGGAGAGCCCAUUAAAGGUUAUGGAGAAACCAGUCGGCGUGGAAGAAGACAACAAGUCAGUCAUGUCGAGUACAUUAAGGAUGGACUCAAGUACAUGCGGCUGAAAUUUUACAUUGAGGGAUCUGAGCCAGGAUUACGAGGAACGGUUCAUUCUGAAUCAAAGGAGAAUCCUGAGACUGGAAAAUAUGAAUUCAGGUACAUCUUUGUAGACAUAGACACGUAUCCCAGGAGGACAAUCGUCAUUGAAGACAACAGAUAAAUGAGUUUUAACAGCGUUAUGCUGUAUUGAGAAUUUCAGCAGUUUCGGAUCAGAUUAAUCAAGCUUGAAUUUGUCACGUUUGAAUUUUCUUGUAUUGAUCUUCCACGGAUUAAUCUACAUAAACUUGUGAUGAUCUUCUAGAUACUUGGACAUGAGAGCGCUUGUACUAAAACAUCUAUUUUGUACAAGGAUUUGCGUAUUUUUAUGAUAAAAAUGGUGCUUUGAAAUAAAGAUCAGCCAUAGAAUUGAUAUAGGAAAGCAGUUUUAAUCAAUCUACUGUAACUGAUUUAUAGGUUAAUAAAGCGAUUUGAUACCUUUA